UAGCUGGCUUUUGCUUUUUGUCUCAAACUAUGAACUUACUACUAUUUUAAUAGAUCAGUUUAACUUAUUUGCCAUUAUUGGCAAAAUCCAUGUGUAUAGUGGGGUGGAAUGGCUUCUGGGCUAAGCAAAUCCGCAGGAUAUUCUAUUUCUCCCUAACCUGCAUGCCCGUUCCUCCUAAAUUAGGUACUUUAACAAUCUUACUCUUUCUUACUGUAGUAUUUUGUAUUAUGACUUCUCAAGAGAAGACAGAAGAGCAUCCUUUUGUGGAUAUAUUUAAUGAAGAUGAAGCUGAAAAAAACUUUAUGUUGUCUAAACCUGUUUGCUUUGUUGUAUUUGGGAAACCAGGGGUUGGGAAGACAACAUUAGCCCAACAGAUAUCACAGACAUGGAGAUGUAUUCGUGUAGAAGCUUUACCAAUUUUGGAAGAACACAUUGCCAGUGAAACUAAAUCAGGAGUUAUGUUGCAGUCGAUGUUGAUCAGAGGCCAAAGCAUUCCAGAUGAACUUGUCACAAAGCUGAUACUGGAGAAGCUCAAUUCCCCAGAAGUCUCUCACUUUGGCUAUAUUAUCACUGAAAUGCCAUCACUUUCACAGGAUGCCAUGACUACUUUGCAGCAAAUAGAAUUAAUUAGAAAGUUAAAUUUGAAACCUGAUAUUAUAAUCAAUAUUAAGUGCCCUGACUAUGAUUUAUGCCAAAGAAUUUCUGGGCAAAGGCAGCAUGAUACUACAGGAUACAUAUACACAAGUGAUCAGUGGGAUCCUGAAGUCAUUGAGAAACGUAGGAAAAAGAAGAAAGAUGCCCAAAAGGAAGGAAAAGGAGAAGAGGACGGGGAAGAGGAAGAAGAGCAAGAAGAAGAAGAGGCAUUUAUUGCUGAAAUGCAGAUGGUGGCUGAAAUUCUUCAACAUCUAGUUCAAAGGCCUGAGGAUUAUCUGGAAAAUAUCGAGCACACUGUUAAACUUUAUAAGGAUAUAAUUCUGCAUCCUUUAGAAGAAAUAAUGGCUGAACACAAUUCUCAGUAUCUCAUUGAGCUAGAUGGAAAUAAGCCCCCAGAGGAGCUCUUCAGGACAGUUAUGGACCAACUUAAAUAUCUGAACCUACAAAGAGCAGCUGUGUUAACUAAACUUCAGAGUGCAGAGGAAGAAAUUAAUGAAACAAUGGAAAAUGACGAGUUGUUCCGUGCUCUUGCAUCCUAUAAACUUAUUGCACCAAGAUACAGAUGGCAGAGAAGCAGAUGGGGACGUAUGUGUCCUGUGGCUUUAAAAGAAGGUAACAUUUUUCAAGGAAUGCCAGAUUUUUCUGUAAGUUUUCUAGGUAAGAUAUACUGUCUCUCAUCAGAAGAAGCAUUUAAAACAUUUUUAUUGAACCCACGUCCCUAUCUGCUUCCACCUAUGCCAGCACCACCAUUUAAAGUAUUCAUAUUUGGACCUCAGUCUUCAGGGAAGACAACACUUAGCAAUUUGCUUGCAAAACAUUACAAAGGAAAGGUAGUUGACUACAAUAAACUUGUUCAACCACGUUUUGAUGAAGCCCUUGAAAUGUUAACCAGAAAUACUAUAGCUGAGGCCACUGAAGCAGCCAUUAAAGUUGUAAAAGAAAAACUCACAGAACUACAAGCUAAAAGACAAGUUAGUCUCACACCCAAGCCUGUCUCCCUACCCCCAGUUAACACAGCAAAUUACUAUCUUUUAGCCCAGUCAACUUCAGAAGACCCUCAGGGAGAAUUUGAGAGGAGAUACGUAUUCCCAACUGGUAUAUAUAAAAGCACAGAAGAGUCGCAGUCAUCACUUGAAGAUGUGUUCACUCAUGAAUCUCAAAGAAAAAGCUCUUUAGAGGACAGUGAAGGAGCCGGAAUGAAGUCAUAUGAUAAAGAUGAUGAAAAAGAAACCCUUGAAAUGUCUACAUUUAAAAGAAGUCUUCAAGACUCUAGCCAAGAUCUAAAACUGGAUUCAAAAAAAGAAUACACAAUAGAAGAGGUAACUGCAGAUCAUCCAGAAGUUCUUUCCAUAAUAAAGGAGACUGUAAAAGUGGCAAAGGAUAUGUAUUUACAACAGCCAUAUGAAAAACAUGCUGAAAUCUUAGAGGAAGUCCUCCAAGAGGUAGUUGAAGAAAACAAGAAUAGGUUUCAUGGUGCCCCAAAAUAUGGAGGAUGGAUACUGGACAACUGCCCUAUUGUGAGAGAACUGUGGAUGGUCUUAGCUGACAAAGGAAUUCUACCUGAUUUAGUCAUCUGUUUAUCAAACACAGAAAACAAUGGAAAAUAUUUGCUUAAUAGACUGUAUUUAGAGAAUAAACCAGAAAUUGACUCAAAGAUUUUAGGAAGAUUAUUAGAUGAACUACUAAAGAAAAAAAAAGAGGAAGAAGCAGAAAGAAAAGCUGCAGAAGAACAGAGACUGAAGGAAGAAAAUCAAAGGCUGUUGGAAACAAUGAAUGCAAAAGCAAAAGAAACGGAAGAAACCGAAGCCGAAGCUGAAGAGGAGAUUGAAGAUGAGGAGUCUGAACUUCAUGAAGGGUCUGUGGCCGGUGAGGUAGCCAAGGAGACCGGGGGGUCCUUACCUGAGGAACCUGACGUGUUCGAGCUCCCUGGAACUGAACACGAAUCAGUACCUGAACCUGCUGAGGAUAUUACAGUUGGAACAGAAAUUCCAAAAGGAUCCAAAGAGGACCUGGCAACUCAAGAAUUAUUUGAAACAGUUGUACUACCUGAGUUUCCAGAAGAUGCUUAUCCUGAUGUUCCUGAAAUGGAGCCAAUUAAAGAGAAGAUCACAUUUUUCACCUUUGCCUGGAAACUGCUGGAAACAACAAUCAAUGACUCUUCUGCUCAAAUUUUACACUUGGAGAUUGCUGACAAAACUCCAGAGGAACUACUUCAAAAAGUGGUUGAGACUAUGGAAAAACCUUUUCAGUAUGCUGGCUGGGAGUUAACUAUGGAAGAUUAUGAUGAAGAAACAGAAGAUUAUCAGGCCGAGGCUGACGCUGAUGAGGAGCUAGAAGAGGAAGAAGAAGACGAGGAAGAGAAUGAAGACAGAAUUAAAGAGAAGAAAAGGCACUUGGGAGAUACAAAGCAUUUUUGUCCAGUGGUUCUCAAAGAAAACUUCAUCCUACAACCAGGCAGCGUAGAAGAAGCAGCUAAAUAUCGAGAAAGGAUCUAUUACUUUUCAAGUCCUGAGGCUAAAGAAAAGUUUUUGGAGCAACCUGAGGUGUACGUGGCUCAUGAAGAACCACUAAAGGCUCCUCCAUUAAGAAUAUGCCUUCUAGGCCCCCGUGGCUCUGGCAAAACUGUCUGUGGAAGACAGCUGGCAGAAAAAUUCGGCAUUUUUCACAUUCAGUUUGAAGAAUUUCUUCAAGAAAAACUAAUGCUCAAAACUGAAAAGAAAAUUGGACCUGAAUAUGAGGACGAUUCUGAGGAAGAACAAUUUGCAAAACAAGAACUUGAAGAACUUGCAAUUCAGGCCAAUGUUACAAUUGAAGAAGAAAAUAUGAAGAAGUUGCCUCAUGAAGUACAAUUUACAGAAGAAGAAGAAGCAAUCAGAUUAAAUCUAACAGAAAAUGAGCCAUUGCCUCCUGAAAUUCUUGAAGGAAUACUUUCUGAGUGGUGGUUUAAGGAACCAAUACGUUCCACAGGUUUUAUUUUAGAUGGUUUCCCACGAUAUCCUGAUGAGGUCGAGUUUCUGGGGGAACAUGGAUUUUUCCCAGAUGCUGCUGUUUUUAUACAAGUUGAUGAUCGAGAUAUUUCUGAUCGCCUCCUUCCUACCCAAAUUGGAAAGUGGAAAGUGAAACAACAGAGGAAACUAGAAAGGAAAAAGCUCAUCAAAGAAAUGAAGGCAAAAAUCAAGGAAAAUAUGAUUUCUAAAAGAAGGGCUGAACUUAUAAUAGAGAGAGAGAAGAAAAGAAAAGGGGGGGAGACAAUUAGAGAAGAUGAAGAUAUUAGUGAGGAAGAUCCUGAAGAAGAUGCAGAUGAUAUUGAGAACAUACUCGAAGAUGAGUUUCCAAAAGAUGAGGAAGUGAUGAGUGAGAAAGAUGAAGAGCAGGAGAUUGAUGCACUUGAACGCCUGAGAAGUGAACUGCGAGAAAAAUUUGAAGCAGACAUGAGUAAUUUACAAAUAAUACAGGAAGAAUUUGAAAAGUUUUUGAUACCAGUAAUGCUCAUUAAUGGAGCUCGGAAAAUCCACAUUGUACAAUAUAUGUUGAAUACAAAACUGAAACCACUGGUGGAGAAUCGUGCGAGCAUUUUUGAGAAAUGUUAUCCAAUAUCAUCACGCCUUGCCCAGAAAAUGCUUAGCUUUACCUACAAGUAUAUAAGCUCAUUUGGCUACUGGGACCCUGUAAAGCUAAGUGAAGGAGAGACAAUCAAGCCAAUUGAAAAUUCAGAGAAUCCACUUUAUCCUGUAAUCCAUCGUCAGUAUAUUUAUUUUUUAUCUAGUAAGGAAACUAAAGAAAAAUUUAUGAAGAACCCAAUCAAAUAUAUCCGCCAACCCAAACCUAAGCCUACUAUGCCCAUUAGGAUUGCAAUUCUGGGGCCUCCAAAAUCUGGGAAAACUACAGUGGCCAAAAAAAUUUCAAGUGAAUAUGGCUUAAAGCAUUUGUCAAUAGGAGAAGCUCUGCGUUAUGUAUUAAGCAACCAACCAGAUACAGAGCUGGCACUUAUGUUAAAUUGGCAUCUUCAUAAAGGAAGGACAGCCCCUGAUGAACUGGCUCUUCAAGCCUUAGAAUUAUCUCUGAUGGGAAGUACAUGUAAUACCGCAGGUGUUGUCAUCGAUGGAUACCCUGUAACUAAAUAUCAAGUGAGUCUCUUGGAAGCUAGGUCAGUCAUCCCCAUGGUCAUCUUUGAGUUGGAUGUACCUUCCAAAGAGAUUUUUAAAAGAUUGCUCCUGGAAAAAAAAACAGAACCAAGUUUGCCUUAUCCAUUGCACAACAGCUCACAGAUUAUAGCUGUCAAGAACUCAAAGUACCGCAAAAAUAUUGAUGAGAUUAGGCAAUAUUAUCAAGAACAACAUCAGAACUGGUAUGUGAUUGAUGGCUUUCACAGCAAAUGGUGGGUAUGGAAUGAAGUCAUUAAGAAGGUCCAGAUGAUGAAUAAACAUGUGCAGAUAUACCUGGAAAGAAUAAAAGCAGGAAAAGCUGCCUGCAUUGACAAGUUAUGUAUCUCACCUGAAGAACUGAUUUCUCGCCUGGGCGAAUUUGGACAGUACUGCCCUGUCAGCCUGGCAGAAUCAUAUGAAUUAGUUGAUUGCUCUGUAACUGAUUCCUUGGAAUUUGCAGCAGAGUUCAGAGGGCACUAUUAUAAAAUGAGUUCUCAUGAAAAAUUGAAUAAAUUUUUGGAGAAUCCAGAAUUAUAUGUGCCUCCAUUAGCACCUCAUCCACUCCCAUCUGCCGAGAUGAUCCCUAAAAGGCUGACACUGUCAGAGCUGAAGAGCCAAUUCCCUAAGUGUGCUGAGCUCCAGGGCUACUGUCCAGUGACCUAUAAGGACGGAAAACAAAGAUAUGAAGCCCUAGUACCUGGUAGCAUUAACUAUGCUUUAGAAUAUCGUGAUCGUAUAUAUAUUUGUGAGAGUAAAGAAAAACUUCAGAAAUUUUUGAGGUUGCCACUGAAAUACUGGGAUCAGAAGCUUCCUCACAAACUUCCCCCGUUAAAGGAGCCGAUGUGUCUCACGAGUCUGCCUUUGCCUGGAUAUGUGGAGCAGGGUAUCGCAACUUCUCUGAUUAAGGCAAUGAAUGCAGCAGGAUGCUUAAAGCCCAAAUUCCCCUUCUUAAGUAUAAAGAGAUCUGCACUACUCUACGUAGCAUUUCAUCUAAAAGCCUUUAAUCCCAAAAGUUCUGAAUAUACAAGAAAAAAAUAUAAGAAGAAGAUGGAGCAGUUUAUGGAGAGAUGUGAACUCAUUACAUACCUGGGUGCCAAGAUGACCAGAAAAUACAAGGAACCUCAGUUUAGAGCUAUUGACUUUGAUCAUAAAUUACAGACCUUUCUCUCUCUUAGAAAUAUAGACCCAGUCCAUGGAUAGUUUGCUUGGGUAACUGCACCCAGGAUCUUAAGAGUUACCUGAAAAGGAUAAGGGAAAUAGGUUGAAAAUCCGGCUCCCCCUGAUGUACUUUUCCCUCCUGUGUGAUGCACCACAGCUGCUACACUGGCUACACUGCAAAUGAAUUCAAAGCUCUGCCAGCAGGAAGGAGUGCUCUUCUGUAAGCCUAAGUUUUCAUAUAAUUUUAAAGUUUAUUGCUCUUUGCCUGAAUUUUUAUGCUUUAACAAAAUAGUUAUCCCAUUUAGAAUUCCAUUUGGAAUAUUUAGGUGACUUAUUUUACUUAAUAAAUCUAUUGUUCAUUUUCCCUUUUAACAUUUUCAGUAGAAAAGUCAGUCUGUUAAGGAAAAGUACUCAGUAAAUGUUGGCUUUGAGAAACAAAAUUAACAUUGAUAUAAAUAAAGUAGAAAUACUGGUCACACUCUUAACAUAAGGAGUUGUCUGUGAACUUCAUGAACAUAAAGACACUUUAUCAUUUUACCAACGAAAUAUGGAUGCUGAGAUAACUGAUGACUGCCUCUUUUCUUUUUCUCAAGUAUUCAAGGAAGCACGCUUUCUACAUUACUUUGUAAUUAGAAAUCACCUAGAUAGUUGAGAAGGAUAAA